CACGCAUGCGCAUUACAGCAGUCUGUUCGAAACCAAGCGAGGGAAAACAAACACAACUCCUGCAAACGUCACCUUGACGUCAUGCCUCAGCGUGUGCUGUUUGAGGGGGCGGGGCCAGACGCCCAGGUACCAACACACCUGACCGGGAUUUCCAUCUCGCUCAUCAGCACCAGCACCGACUACUCCAACAAAACAGUCAAGGGGAACGUGGUUGGUAAAGGCCCGCUGGUGUCGUUAGCAUCUGACAACUUCAUCCUGAAGACUGUCAUCCAAGAAGAUGAUCCCUCGCCAAACGCCUCAUCUCAAAACGCCUCGAUCAACGUCGUCCUGUUCGGAGCGCUGGCCAAGGACUUCGAUCAAGCUGUCAAUCAAGGGGAUGUGGUCGUGGCCUCUGGCUUCACUGUGGGCAAAUCCCCCACAGCUCACAAGGACAAGCUGCACCCCUGUAACCUGCUGCUGUCAGGAGACGACGCCCGCGUUUAUGUGUCCCGCCUGCCGCUGCCGCCUCCUCCUGAUCCCAUAUCCCCAUCGGCUGACAAGAGGAGCUCUGCGGUCUCCGUUGAGGUUUCCAGGACGACCAAAGCUCCAAAAUACACGUACGUCCGACUGGGCGACCUGAAGGACAAAGCUGUGGUCAACGUGUACGGAGUGGUGGUCUUCUUCAAACAGCCGUUCAAGAGCCGCGGCACAGACUUCUGCUCCAGCCUGAAGAUUACCGAUCAGUCAAACCAGAAGAUCGGCUGCACCAUAUUCUGUGAGAGGCUGGAGGACCAUCCCCAAAUCUUUCAAGUCGGAGACAUCGUCCGCCUGCACAGAGUCAAGGCUCAGUUCUUCAAUAACUCCAUGACGCUGGUCAACACCCAUGGUUUCUCUGUGGUGACGUUUGACGGGGCGGAAGGCGGAUCCAUGGAGCCGCGGACCUCCAGCCGCUCCUUCCACUUCGACCAGGAGGACCGUCGGACGGUGGAGGAUCUGCGAUCGUGGGCCGCCAGUGAGGCUCUCCUCCCCUCGGGUCCCCCAGUCCCUCUGUCUGCCGUUCAGCCCAAAGCUUACUUCGACCUGACCUGCCAGCUGCUGGCCAAAGCUCCCAUCGACACCACCUGCACCCUGCUGAGGGUGUGGGACGGGACCAGGUGUGAUCACACUCUGCUGAAGGUCAUAGUUGAGCCGAACGUCACAGAGGGACCGUCUUCCUUCUCUGAAGAGAGAGAGAGCCUCAUCGCCAACAUCCUCGUCUACGACAACCAUGUGGAGUCCGCCAGGCAGCUGAAGCCCGGGGACUUCCUGAGGAUCUUCAACCUACGAGCGAUCCUAGGAUCCAGUAAGGUGCCGGGUCUCACCAGCAGCCAUCCGGAGGAGGUGGAUCACCUGGCUUUUCACCUGCAUGGAGGGACGGCGUACGGCAGGGGGAUCCGGGUUCUUCCAGAAAACAGCACCGACGUGCAGGAACUGAAGAGAGUGAUGGAGGCCCUCCCACAGGAUGACGAGGGCGGCUUCUCCGAGCUGAAUGACUCCGAGUUGAUGGAGAUCUGGAGCACUCCGCCAGAGUCUCAAGAUGCUGAACCAGUGGAGUGCAGCACAGAGAGAAUCUGUGGCCACGACACGCAGCCAGCGACCCUGUCCGAGCUGAAGCGGUCCGAUCCGGGUCGAGUUCACCACGUCAGAGUCCAGCUGAGAUCCUAUGAGCCGCGUAGACUCCACCAGGCUCUGAAACUCUACUGCAGCAAGUGUACAUCAAUGCAGGAGGUCCCAGAUGAUGAACUGGUGGCGCGUCUCUUCUCUGAGGCGUCCCAGGACUCUGGACCCUGCAGCCUCCCACCGUGGGCGCUCUCUGGGCGGGUCGUUGUCCCCGGAGAUUCCCCAAGAUCCCCGAAGCGAGCGCUGAGUGUUCACCUGUCCACAAAGCUCAUGUGCGAGGACAAAACCAAGGAGCUCAUCUUCCUCAUGGGUUCGACUCUGGAGGAAACGUGUCGACUCGCCGCCGGCUACCAGAACAUCGUCCCUGUGGGGUCAUCGGGAGGUCACCUGGCUCUGCUCGACCUGUCUGCACCUUUCCUGUUCAGAGGCAGGAAGAGAUACUACGGGUGUAAGCAUUGCUCCGAGGGUACAGUGAGGGAACCUCUGUGUGCUGAAGGAGUCGAGCUGAUCGAUGAGAAGGUCAUUGCAGAAGCUCUCGGCGUUCAGCUGCUGCAGUUCGUCCUGCUGAUGAAGCUCGAGCUGCAGGACGCCACCGACACGCUGGACGUCUUCCUGUGGAGAGACGCCGAGUCGUUCUUCGGUGUGUCGGCAGAGGACGUAGCAGCCAAUCAGGAGGCUCAGAACAGCAUCCAGAAAACAAUGGACUCCCUGUGUCCAGCAGGGGGCAGCACUGGUGAGCGUCCGUGGAUGGAUUUGUGUCUGACAGCGUACCGAGGAGAGGAUGACGGGGGCCAGAACCAAACCUGCUAUCAGAUCUGCCACAGCGCCAUCACCAAACCCACCGCCACACCGUCCAACGCCAACCCCGCCUGAACCACCUGCAGGUCAAAGAUCACCGGUUGAACCAGAGUCCUGCAGAAAGAACAAAACAUUUUUUUAUAUUUCACAUCCUUUGUGUUUUUUAUUUGUUAUUUAUUGUGUAAAACAAAAUAAAUGUACAUAAAACGUUGCUGCAAAAAUGUAUAAAACUGCUGACUGACGUGUGUUUUCACAGAGCCUUUCAAUAAACGUUUUACUUUUUAGUACAAA